AUGAAGCUGAACGCGCAAAUUCAUACUGAAAGACCGAGUGCAAAUUCCCCGUUCCAAGCCAACCAAUCACCCAGCCCGGCCAAUCACCCAGCCUGGCCAAUCACCCAGCCCGGCCAAUCACCCAGCCCGGCCAAUCACCCAGCCUCUGCCAAUCACCCAGCCUCUGCCAAUCACCCAGCCUCUGCCAAUCACCCAGCCUCUGCCAAUCACCCAGCCCGGCCAAUCACCCAGCCUCUGCCAAUCACCCAGCCCGGCCAAUCACCCAGCCCGGCCAAUCACCCAGCCCGGCCAAUCACCCCAGCCCGGCCAAUCACCCAGCCUCUGCCAAUCACCCAGCCUCUGCCAAUCACCCAGCCUCUGCCAAUCACCCAGCCUCUGCCAAUCACCCAGCCUCUGCCAAUCACCCAGCCUCUGCCAAUCACCCAGCCUCUGCCAAUCACCCAGCCUCUGCCAAUCACCCAGCCUCUGCCAAUCACCCAGCCCGGCCAAUCACCCAGCCUCUGCCAAUCACCCAGCCCGGCCAAUCACCCAGCCUCUGCCAAUCACCCAGCCCGGCCAAUCACCCAGCCUCUGCCAAUCACCCAGCCUCUGCCAAUCACCCAGCCUCUGCCAAUCACCCAGCCCGGCCAAUCACCCAGCCCGGCCAAUCACCCCGCCCGGCCAAUCACCCAGCCCGACCAGCCCGGCCAAUCACCCAGCCCUCUGACGGCAAAGCGGGAAGUUUAA